AUUUCUAUAUCUGCAGGUGAAAUGUCAUAGAAACAUUCGGUAUCAUUGAUAAAGGCAAAUUUAAAAGUUAGAAAAUAGAUUUUAAAAAGUCUUAGGUCAAUUUAUUUUAUCGCUUAUCGUGUAAUUAAUCGCACUUUUCUGUCUAAUCGCUCGUCAAUUUUACAUGGUACUUUCUUAAUCAGGUGUUCUCCCAGAACGUUGGACCUAACCUUUGAAGUGUAGGAAACAACCAUAUAAUAAUUCAGAACAUAGGAGUAAUGUCGUUCUCUUAAUUAAUCAUGUUGCGUGCAGCUUCUAAUUACUAAUGUACCUUCUCUUAUCCUUACGUACGAUGGGUAUUACUUGCGUUUAUAAAUCGUCGCCGGGUGUACGUCAAGAUCACGUAAUUCGAACGAACAAUUCAUAAAAUGGGUGCUAAUAUUUCUCAAUUGGAACGAGAUAUUGGUUCUGACCAAUUUCCUCCUAAUGAGCAUUAUUUUGGAUUAGUUAAUUUUGGCAACACUUGUUAUAGCAAUUCAGUCUUGCAAGCCUUAUACUUCUGUCGGCCUUUCAGAGAAAAAGUCUUAGAAUAUAAAGCUAGAAAUAAACGUACCAAAGAAACUCUUUUAACAUGUUUGGCAGAUUUGUUUCACAGUAUAGCGACUCAAAAAAAAAAAGUGGGUUCCAUAGCUCCAAAAAAAUUUAUAGCUCGACUAAGAAAAGAAAAAGAGGAGUUUGAUAAUUAUAUGCAGCAAGAUGCUCAUGAAUUUUUGAACUUUCUUAUUAAUCAUAUUAAUGAAAUUAUACUGGCGGAAAGAAAUCAGAGUAAGCCUGCUGGUGGAAAAGGUGCAGGUGAUGCUGGUACACCACCAGAACCUACAUGGGUACAUGAAAUAUUUCAGGGCAUUCUGACUUCAGAAACUCGUUGCCUUAAUUGUGAGACUGUAUCUAGCAAGGAUGAAGAUUUCUUUGAUCUUCAAGUGGACGUUGAUCAGAAUACCUCAAUUACCCAUUGCCUCAAAUGUUUCUCGAAUACAGAAACACUCUGUAGUGAUAACAAAUUUAAAUGUGACCACUGCAGCAGUUAUCAAGAAGCCCAGAAACGGAUGAUGCUAAAGAAACUACCAAUGAUACUUGCUUUACAUUUAAAAAGAUUUAAGUAUGUUGAACAGUAUAAUAGGCAUAUAAAAGUUUCGCACAGGGUAGUCUUUCCUUUAGAACUUCGACUUUUUAAUACAUGCGACGAUGCUGUAAAUCCAGAUCGCUUAUAUGAUCUUGUAGCUGUAGUAAUUCAUUGUGGAAGCGGACCUAAUAGAGGACAUUACAUUUCAAUAGUUAAAAGUCACGGGUUCUGGUUAUUGUUUGACGAUGAUAUGGUUGAUAAAAUUGAUUCAUCCACUAUAGAAGAUUUUUAUGGAUUGACAUCAGAUAUUCAAAAAAAUUCAGAAACUGGAUAUAUCUUAUUUUAUCAAUCAAGAGACUGCAGUUAA